UUCGCUGCUCGAUUUUUUGCUGCUGAUUUUGAACAACUAUUGAACAAACGUACACUUUGGUGUGUUUUGUUGAAUGCGAAGUGAAAGAAAGUUAUAUCUACUAUAGUUUGAAAUAUGGAUUCCGAUAAUAAUGAUCGAAAGCCAGAAUGGGCGAAAUGGUCAAAUGCUGGUUCGCAAAAUCAGGCGGGCGACGAGGAAGUGAGCUGGUAUUCGCCGUAUGAAAUGUACGUCGAUCUAGACGAGGAAACUAAGGAAGUUUCCGAUAAGUUUAAGAAGAUGUGGGGUCGCUGGGAGAAGCAAAAAGUCGAGGGUGAUGGCAAAAAUAAAAACGUGGUGCCAGAAGGUCCUUACGACAUGUAUGUCGAUCUUGACGAGGGGACGCAAGAGGUUUCAGAGGAGUUUAAAGCGAGGUGGAGACAAUGGAAAAAGGCAGAGGCUGAGAACAAUCAAAACAACGAAAAUCUUCCUGGUCCUUCUACUAGCUUUCCUCACACAGAGGAAGGACAGCGAGCACGCAGGCAACAUGAGAGGCGACGCAAGGAGCUUUUUACAAUGUGGGACGGCCGUGGGUAAUAACUUGGCGGAACUCAAUCAAUUUUCACGGUUCCUGUUUGUCCUGUGUAUAUUUUUGUCUGUUUGGAUACAAUCUGGAUUUCAAACUUCGUUGUCGUCAUGUCUUUGUUCGUCCGCUUAUAUGUGACUUGUCCAUUUGAGAGCAAAGUAGUAACAACAGCGACUUUAAUUCUAGAUGAAAGGCCAUGCGAGUAAAUCGUUUAAACCGAACGAAGUCAACAGAUCGACAACUCCGUCCGGAUCAGUU